UACUACUACUAUUAGUGUACUACAAAACACUCAAAAAAGAGCAUUAUAAUUUAACCAAACCAAACACUUGCUGCCAAGCUCACUCAUUUUACUCACUACCCUCCAAUGGCUACCUUCUGCUGCAACAACACUAAUCAAAACUCCUCCAUCUUUCUCUCUCUCCUCUCUUUCUCUCUCCUCAUUACCAUCAUCAACUGCUCCUCUUUAUCUGAAUCUGACAUUCUUCUUAAUUUCAAAUCUUCCAUUAAUGACCCUUCCCAUUUUCUUGCUUCUUGGUCCAACACUACACUUACUCAUCACUGCAAUUGGACUGGAAUCUCCUGCUCAAACACUCCCUCUUUUGCUGUCACUUCACUAAAUCUUCAAAGUUUCAAUCUUUCAGGUGAACUUUCCCCUGUAUUAUGUCAACUUUCUCAUCUUUCUUCCCUAAAUCUUGCUGAUAAUCUCUUUAAUCAACCAAUCCCACUUCAUUUUUCUCAGUGUGAAUCUUUGGUGAGUCUUAAUCUUAGCAGUAAUCUCAUUUGGGGUACUAUCCCAGAACAGAUUUCCCAGUUUUCUUCUUUGGAAGUGCUUGAUUUUAGCAGGAAUCACAUUGAGGGAAGAAUCCCAGAAAAUGUAGGGUUGUUGAUAGAUUUGCAAGUUCUUAACUUUGGUAGCAACUUACUCUCAGGCAAUCUUUCUGGGAUUUUUGGUAAUUUUACUAACCUUGUUGUUCUUGAUUUGUCUGAGAAUCCUUUUCUGGUGAGUGAGAUUCCUACUGACAUUGGUAAGCUGGAAAAACUUGAGCAGCUUUUUCUGCAAAGUUCUGGGUUUUUUGGUUUGAUUCCUGACUCUUUUUUGGGUUUAAGUAGCUUAAAAGUGAUUGACCUUUCUCAAAAUAAUCUCACUGGUGAGCUCCCCAAGAAAUUUGGUGCUUCAUUUGGAAAGUUGGUGUCUUUUGAUGUUUCAUCCAAUAAAAUUAGUGGGUCUUUUCCAAAUGGAAUAUGUAAUGUAAAAACCCUUACUAGCCUUAGUCUCCACACAAAUUACUUUACUGGGUCAUUGCCUGAAAGUAGUAUCAAUCAAUGUUUGAAUCUUGAAAGAUUUCAAGUGCAAAACAAUGAUUUUUCUGGUAAAUUUCCAACUGGGUUAUGGUCAUUACCCAAGAUUAUGCUCAUUAGAGCUGAAAAUAAUAGAUUUUCUGGUGAAAUUCCUGAGAUUAUAUCAGCUGCUGCCCAAUUAGAGCAAGUUCAGAUUGAUAAUAAUAGUUUUACUGGUAUUAUUCCUAAGGGUCUUGGAUUAGUAAAGAGCUUAUACAGAUUCUCUGCCUCCAAUAAUCAUUUGUUUGGUGAAUUACCCCCUAAUUUUUGUGAUUCUCCUGUUAUGAGCAUCAUAAAUUUUUCUCAAAAUUCGCUUUCAGGUCGAAUUCCUGAGGUUAGGAAAUGUAGGAAGCUAGUAUCAUUGUCUCUUGCUGAUAACAGUUUUAUUGGGAAAAUCCCACAUUCACUUGGCGAUUUACCAGUCUUAACUUACCUUGAUCUUUCUGAUAACAAUUUAACUGGUUCAAUCCCAUCAGAGCUUCAAAACUUGAAGCUGGCCUUGUUCAAUGUUUCAUAUAAUCAGUUGUCAGGGAGAGUACCUUUCUUGUUGUUAACAGGCCUACCGGCAUCAUAUUUGCAAGGAAAUCCUGGUCUUUGCGGUCCGGGGCUGCCUGAUCCUUGUUCAGAUGAAGGGAAACUGCAUCGAAAUGCUGGUCUUACAAAACUGGGUUAUCUUGUUUCAGUAGCUCUAGCUGUUGCUAUAAUCAUGGCUGUUUUCGCGCUUAUCGUAUUUCAUCGCCGUGCUAAACAGAAAUCUGAAAUGGGUGCUUGGCAUUCAGUCUUCUUCUAUCCUUUGAGGAUUUCUGAGCAGGAUUUGGUUAUGGCAAUCAAUGAAAAAACUGCAGUAGGAAGUGGAGAAAUUUUUGGGAAGGUUCAUAUCAUAAGCUUACCAAGUAGUGAACUUAUUACUGUGAAAAAACUGGUGAAUUCUGGCAAUCAAUCAACAAAAUCCCUGAAAGGUGAAAUCAAAACAUUAGCUAAAAUUCGGCAUAAAAACAUUGUCAAAAUCCUUGGUUUUUGUUGCACAGAAGAUUCAAUAUUUCUCAUCUAUGAGCAUAUGCCAAAGGGAAGCUUAGGUGAUAUGAUUGGCAGGCCAAAUUUUCAGAUGCAAUGGAGUGUUAGGUUGAAUAUUGCCAUUGGAGUUGCUCAAGGUUUAGCUUAUCUUCACAAUGAUUACUCUCCUCAUCUACUGCACAGAAAUGUGAAAUCAACUAAUAUUCUUCUGGAUGCUGAUUUUGAGCCUAAGCUUACAGAUUUCUCACUCGACAAAAUCGUGGGCAAUGCUUUAUUUCAGUCCACUUUGGCCUUUGAAUCUUUAGCUUCCUGCUAUGUUGCACCAGAAUGUAAAUACAACAAGAAAGCAACAGAAGAGAUGGACGUGUACAGUUUUGGUGUAGUAUUAUUAGAACUGGUGACAGGAAGACAAGCAUGUUUAGCAGAUUCAGAAGAACCAUCUCUGGAUAUUGUGAAGUGGGUUCGAAGGAAGAUCAAUAUUGCUAACGGGUCUGAUCAUGUUCUUGAUCCAAGCAUAUCCGCCGCGUCUUCCCAGGAAGAGAUGCUUGGUGCAUUGGAGCUUGGUAUCCAAUGUACUAGUGUGAUGCCUGAGAAACGGCCAUCAAUUGCUCAAGUUGUCAGGGGACUCCAAAAUCUUGGCUCGAAAUCUAGCUCUCGACGUCUACAACUACAGCUUACCUCCUCCAGUGAUGGUAGUUCACUUCUAGUGUGAAAAAUUAGCAGCAUAAUGUUAGUAAUGUUGUGUAAAUCCAGCUCGAUCUACUUGCUGCUCUUCUUUGUUCUUUUUGUUGCCUCACCUAGAUACCCACCUAUCUGUUUUUGAGGAAGGGUGUUAAAGCAUGCAGCCAUGCACCAAUAUAGUAGUCUGUAAUUUUUUGAUGGGUUUGAAUAUAAGUUAUAGUUUACGUA